AUGGAUGUUGACAUGAUGAAAGCAUCUCAUCAAGAAGAUCAAAUGGAUAUGAUGGCAGUCAUUAUGCAAAUGGAAAAGCUGCCUGAAUUCUGUGAACCCUUCAAUGCUACCACUCUCACAUUGCCUCAUGAAAUACAUUUCUCCACUGCCAAUCCUGAUUCAAUUAUCUCCACUCCCACAUUGCCUCCUUCAUUGGUCAAUCCUUCAAGUACUACGCCUUUUGUUAGCCCUCCAAUUCAAGAGCCAAUGACACCUCCUCUUCAACCCAAUGUGGUCACUGGAAGAUUCAAAAAUGUGUUUACAUUACCCGAUGGAUAUGCAUAUCCACCAUCAUUAGAAAAGCGAAACUCCGUGGCAGCUAUGAGAGAGAUUAUCUUUCGUAUGGCUGCAAUGCAGCCUAUCCAUAUAGACCCCGAAUCCAUUAAGCCUCCAAAGAGAAGGAACGUAAAAAUAUCUAAGGAUCCACAGAGCGUGGCAGCCAGGCACAGAAGGGAAAGGAUAAGCGAGAGGAUAAGGAUCUUACAAAGACUUGUCCCAGGAGGAACAAAAAUGGACACAGCUUCCAUGCUAGAUGAGGCUAUACAUUAUGUUAAAUUCUUAAAGAAACAGGUGCAGACUUUGGAACAAGCUGGUGCUCAAAGGCCAAUUGGAGGUUUUGGAUUUUCAGCCCCUGAAAUGGCUAACGUAGGUUACUCUUUGUUGGCUAAAUCUUGCCAGCCUUCUCAAAUGCUAGGAAAUGUGCAGAUGUUUAGAUAG